AUGUCUUUGAAGGAAAACAGCAAAUGCCUGGCGUUUCACGGACCGCUCCUAUAUGAAGCUAGAAUCCUCAAAGUCCACCACAGUGGUGAGGACCCCGGAGACGACGAGGAAAUCCCUGAAGAUCUGACGGAACAAGAAUGCUUUUAUAUUCAUUACCAGGGCUGGAAAUCCUCGUGGGACGAAUGGAUAGGCAAAGAAAGAAUACGCGAAUAUGACGAACAGAACCUUGCUCUGAAAAAGCAGUUGAUAGAAGAAGCGCGUGAGGCCCGUAGUGCUGCGAAGAAAACGGGUUCCGGUGUAAAGAGCAAGAAAACAGACUCUAAAAGGAAAAAACCUAGUGGUCCCGCAGCAGCAGCAGGCUCGCAGUUGUAUGCAAGCCCCGGGAAAGUUGAAGCCACUGGCCCACGCAUUGUGGUUCACAUUCCACAGCAACUUAAAGCCAUUUUGGUCGACGAUUGGGAAGCCAUUACCAAAGAUAAAAAACUGGUCGAACUGCCUUGUAGCUCCAAUGUCGACAAACUUCUGACUUACUUUUACGAGCACACCAGCAGCAAUGAGCCCUCGCCUGUUGCUCAAUCUCAAUUGUGCGAAUAUUGUGACGGACUGAGACUUUAUUUUGACCGUGCGCUACCCGUCAUGUUGCUGUAUCGGUUUGAGCGAUUGCAACUUGCCGAAAACCUAGAUGAACCCCCGCACUCAAUCUACGGUGCUAUGCACUUGCUCAGGCUUUUGUCAAUGCUCCCACAAGUCGUCGCAUGUACGACGAUGGACGAUCAAAGUUGCGAAGUUAUAGUUGGCUACACAGACAAGUUAUUGUUGUGGCUACUACAACAGCAAGAUAAACUGUUCAGCAAGUCUCUGUAUGUAAAUACAGGAAGUCAAUACGAGGGUCUAGCACUUGGCAUGUAA